GAGUUGACAGUGACAUUUCGUAGUAACGUUGGGUGAUGUGUACGUAAAUAAAUUGCAAAUUCGCAAUUCUACUUUACUUCUAAUUGGCAAUAUCUAAAAUAAUAAUAAAAAUGGUAUAGAUACUACUGGUUAGAUUUUGCCUUGCGUCUAAAAUGGCGACUGCUUCGGUGAGGGAAUUUGGUAAAGCCUGGUGGUCGGAGAUACAUAACAGAAUAAUUGGUGCUGUGGUGUUUAUUGAUGAUGCCACUGCAGAGUGCUUGCAUUACGAGGGUGGCGUAGACACCUUACUGUCUGCGGGAGCAGUUGCUGUAAAGGGAUUAUCUCCAUUCGAGUGUGCCAAGAAAGACCAGAAGAAGGCAUUGUUUUUAACACAAACUACCAAAGUACAGUUGCAAACAAUUGCUGAGAUUGUCCGUCACAGUGACUUUACACACUGCAUUCUGAUAUCAAGCAUGAGUUUGGAUAUGGUGUUUCUGGAAAUCCAUGAUGACAAGGAUAUCAAUACUGUAUUGGCUAUGGGAGAGCCAAUCUUAGAAGGCAUGAAGUAUCUUGAAAUGAAACUUAUUCAGUGGAUGGCAAAGAAGCAAAGUUAUGUAGAAGUGAUACACAUACCAAUUUUCACCAUCUCCCUAACUAAUGUGGUGUUUGUCACACCCCCCUUCCGUGACUUACAAACAUUUUUCCUUGGCGAGUUGAAAUCAGAUAAUGCAACAGUUGAUAUCAACAAUUUGUCCAAACAAGAAAGAAAUGAAGCAAGAAGGUUUGCUGCCAGCCUGAAUAACAUGUUGGAUUCAAUGAAUUUAAAAGAGGAUGUUUAUUACAUUGGUGCAUAUUCUGCUAUCAUUGGAGGGAUUCUGGAGCAUUACCCUCUAUCUAUACAACGGCGGAAGAACUGCCUACACCCUGCGUCGUUGAUACUUGUAGAUCGCACAAUGGAUUUGUGUAGUGUAACGAGUCAUGGUACUGAGUCAGUUCUGGACAAGAUCAUGUCAGCGCUGCCCAGGUUUCCAGGACAUUGCACUGACGUCGCUGUGGAUAUGUCACCUCUUUGUGAGGCUAAUGUGUUUGACCACCCACAUGACAUUCAACUCAGCCCGGGUUGUAUCUACCAUUCUGAUGACGAAUCAUGCAUACAAACAUUUGAAUACAUGAUCAACAAGUCUCAGAAAGAAGUCAUGUUCGAUCUCUACAACAAAUUGACAAAGAUCGACAUUCAAAAGUCACCAAGCCCCAAGUCCCUGUUGAAAGUCACUCCUCAAAGUGUUGAGAAGAUUGUGACUGCGACUAAAGGAAAUUACGAGGUGAUUAGCAAGCAUCUAGGCGUCUUGCAGCAGUCCUUGGCGGUAGUACAGACUCUGAAGUCACCUAAACGAGCGCAGCAUGAGCUGCUGAUGAGUUUGGAGAAGCAGGUGCACCAGAACCUUGCCACCAGUCGGGAGUCUACUAGCGUUCUUACUCAGAUUUGUCAUCUAAUAAAAAAUCGUAAAGAAAAAGACCUUCCUUUAGAGAACCUGUUAGCUCUACUGAUGCACAUAUAUGCAGUGAGGGACAUAGAGGUCCAAUUCCCCGCAGACCACGAACAGCAGCUCAUUAAGACGCUGAGUGUCGCCUUGUUUGAAGACAAGAACAGUUUGUACAAAGACACUUCUGUCAUAAUGUCUCCUGAGGACUGUGAAGCUAGGGCCAGUUGCAUACUGAUGCAGCUAAGGAAAAUUACUUCAAUGAGAAAUGUUUUUCGCAAAUAUAACUCCAUAUUGAAGCCAUGUGAGACGGGUGUGGGACACGAGUACCGUAGCGCUGUGCAGCAGUUAGUGGAAGACAUGGUGAACACAGACAAACCUGACCUGGUUGAUUUAGACCAGUAUAGGAGUGAUAAAUUAAAGACAUUGCUUCGCAGUGGGCUUGGAAUGUUAACAAAUAGAAAAGUAAAGACAAGACAUCCUCUGGAUAAUCCUACUAUAAUCAUUUUUGUGAUCGGCGGGAUUACGGCUGAGGAAUGUAAGCGUUUGCAUCGAAGUGUGAUUACUAGUGGUGUUGAUAAUACUGUUCUGAUUGGGGCCACGAAGCUGGUCACUCCGGUCGAAGCAAUGAGGGAUAUACUACCGUUAUAGCAGAAGCCUAAACCUGAGCGAAGUCCAUCACAUUCAUUUAUUUGAAGUGUGUAGUCUCGUUCAGGUUUUUUACGAACUGUAAAUGUGAAAUGAAAAGUGGGUUACUUAAUAUGAACGCGUUAUAUUUUAAUAAAAAAUAUCUUUGCUUUGAAUGUUAUAUCAAUAAUUAUUGUAUAAAAAUAUGUGUAACGUUUUGCUGGCAAAAUACUGUUACAAUUUAAUUCAUUAGCUGAUUAAACCAUGUUAUUUCCACUUUAGUUAACAACCACUUUGAUAAAUGUGCUUGUGUAUUCAAUAAAAUGUCGAAUUCUAUAAAUAAUAAUCAAAGAUAUUAUCAUUGCGAAAUUGCUUUGCGAGGAUGCCAAAAAGUAUAUUAUUUCAUCAUAACACAUCACACCUUUAUCCCCGAGGGGGUAGGAAGAGGUACAUUACGCCACUUUUUACUAUUUAUGUUAUGAAUUCAAUGUAAUAGGGAGGCUUAUGGCCAUUAUUAUAUUAUUUCAUGGUGUUUGUAUGUAUGUAAAACUACCAAAAUAUAAUUACCACUGCAUAAAUAAAUGUUACAAUAAAAUUCUAUGGGAAAUGUAAAACUUAAUGUCAUAAUUAAUAUACCUAAAUAGAUGUAAUUAUUUUUUCUCUACAUAUUCCUUACAAAAUAUUCCAUGUAAUUAAGAAAUGUUGUAGUUAAUAUUCAAUGUAAAAUCGGUGUAUAUAUUUUUUUGUUUCUGUAACGAGAAAUUGUAAUUAGUACAAUGUAUAUAAACUUCUGUCUCGUUGCAAUGUUUACUAUAUCGGUUGAAUAAUGUAUUCGUAGUUUAAAAUAUAGCAUUUUAUAUCGUAGAUUGGUGUCUGUUUAAAAUUGUAAUGCCUUGAAACAAAAUUUCAAGACUUUCGUUUAGUUCGAAAAAUAAAUAUAACUUAUCUGCCGAAACACAAAUGUAAUUUAAAAAAAAAUGAGAAAAAAAUGCUAUUUACGAGUUUUUUAGUUGCAAAGCAUGGAUUGGCAUAGACUAAGGUGGUUAGGUGCUAGUUUUUUUUGUUAUUAUAUUUAUUUGUUGUUCUGUUGUCUGCUGUAUAAAAUAAUAGUAUAAUGUAACUGUAAGCUUAAAGCAAUGCAAUUACAAUGCAAUAAAUAAAACAAUUAUUAUUGAA